AUGGUAGUCCUUGAAAGUCUGCAAGAUUAAUAGAUAUGUUAACUAUCAGCAUACGCAUCUACCAUUUUCAUGUCAGACAUGUUGGUUUUCUGUUAGAAAUGUCCUAGAAAUCAUGAGUCAUGUUCUGUCAACCUUUUUCAUAGAUGUGUUUCCAAGAUUUUUAAAUUAUGUUUACCAUUUUGAAUAAUGGAUUGUUAUGCUGUCCUGAUCAAGACCAGCCCAUCUAUAGCCCCCAUGUUUCUCUGAACUUUACGUACGGCUUCCAAGUUAAUUUUGUGUUUUAUUUUGUCACUCCAAUUUGGCAGCUUUGCUAGUGGAGAAUGGGAAAUUCCUUCUUUCUGCAAAGAGGACUCGACGAACUACUUGUACAGAAUAUGUCAUUUCUAUGGAUGCUGACAACAUUUCAAGAUCAAGCAGUGCUUACAUUGGAAAGUUAAGGUCAAACUUUCUUGGCACAAAAUUCAUUGUAUACGAUACGCAGCCUGCAUACACUUCUGAACAUAUUCCCCCACCAGGGCGGACAAGCCGUAGAUUUAAUUCCAAAAAAGUCUCCCCAAAAGUCCCUACUGGCAGCUAUAACAUUGCUCAGAUAACAUAUGAGCUAAAUGUGUUAGGCACUCGUGGCCCUAGAAGGAUGCAUUGCAUAAUGCAUUCUAUCCCGGUCUCAUCUCUUGAUGCAGGAGGUUCUGUCCCUGGCCAACCGGAACUCCUUACCCGCUCCCUGGAAGACUCCUUCCGAAGUGUAUCUUUCUCCAAGUCUCUUGACCACUCAGUUGAAUUCAGUAGUGCACGAUUUUCUGAAAUUGUUGGACCCCGAGAUGAUGAGGAUGGCAAGACAAGACCCUUGGUUUUGAAAAACAAGCCUCCACGAUGGCAUGAACAACUACAGUGUUGGUGUCUGAACUUCCGAGGUCGGGUAACUGUUGCUUCUGUUAAGAACUUUCAGUUGAUUGCUGCCACUCAGCCUGCUGCUGGUGCACCUACUCCAUCUCAGCCAACGCCUCCCGAGCUUGAUAAGAUAAUCUUGCAGUUUGGCAAGGUUGGUAAAGAUAUGUUCACAAUGGAUUAUCGUUAUCCUCUAUCUGCAUUUCAGGCUUUUGCCAUCUGCUUGAGCAGCUUUGACACCAAAUUGGCUUGUGAAUAGAAAAGAGUAAAUAGACGGUUUGAUAAGCAGAAAAGACCA